AUGCCCAUCCAGCCGCUUGUUUUGGCUGAUUUGGGCGGCGACGUCGAUGCUCCAACGCCCCAUCCGUCCGUGGCGGCCAGCGGGAAGCCUGAAAAGGAGCCCACGCUGCAAUUCCACCUGAAAAUCCCCAGAAAACAUACGGAUUUGAUGAACUCGCUGAGUGACGAGGAGCUCCAGGAACAGCUCCAGCAACCUCCAAAAGCUGUACAGAAACAGAGCGUGGACGAUGAAGAAUUGCCCAGGAUUCUUCCUCCUACGAUCAAGGUGAAGCUGCUGCAGAUUGCUGAUCUUGAGGAGGUGCCUCAUGGCGUGCAAAGACAGGCGAAGACGCUUGACGAGUAUGAGUUUCCGUCUCACCGGUUGGCGACGACGCUUCUGGACGAUUCCAAGUAUCCUUUGGUGAUUGUGGCGUGUGGGUCAUUUUCGCCAAUCACGUAUUUGCACUUGAGAAUGUUUGAAAUGGCGCUUGACGCUAUCACUGAACAGACACGGUUUGAAGUGGUGGGUGGAUACUAUUCGCCAGUUUCUGAUAAUUAUAAGAAACAAGGGUUGGCGCCAGCGCAUCACCGCGUGAGAAUGUGUGAGUUGGCAUGCGAAAGAACGUCGCUGUGGCUUAUGGUGGACGCCUGGGAGUCGUUGCAGUUGAAAUAUACGCGUACAGCGUUGGUUUUGGACCAUUUCAACGAGGAAAUCAAUGUCAAGCGAGGCGGUAUCCGUACGCAGCUGGGCGAGAGACGAGGCGUGAAAAUCAUGCUUUUGGCCGGCGGCGACUUGAUAGAAUCCAUGGGUGAGCCAGAUGUAUGGGCCGACCAGGACUUGCACCAUAUUUUGGGCAAGUACGGGUGUCUUAUCGUGGAACGGACCGGUUCCGACGUUAGAAGCUUCUUGUUGAGUCACGAUAUCAUGUACGAGCACCGGCGCAACGUGCUAGUGAUCAAACAGCUCAUUUACAAUGACAUUUCGUCAACCAAGAUCCGCUUGUUCGUGCGCCGUGGCAUGUCUGUACAAUAUCUCUUGCCCAACUCCGUCAUCAGGUAUAUUCAGGAGCACAAGCUAUAUAUCAACGACACCGAGCCUGUGAAACAGGUGAUGAGCGAUAAGGCUGAUUAG